UGGAAGAGAUAACAACAGACACGAUUGCCUCUAACAAAUGUUGUUUUCUUGUUUUAUAGUUUCGCUGUCUCUGGCAGCCAUUACCGUCACCAACGGGUCAGACGACAAGCGUAUACUCCUCAGUGAUCCACAGUAUAUCCAACAGGAACUGACCAGAUUCCAGGCCGAACUUCAGGAGAUACAGGUCAAGUACAACACACAGAACACCAAACUAACUAAUCUACAGGUAAAGUACAGCAGCCAGAAUACACAACUUGCGGACCUAGAGACCAAAUACAGCAGCCAGAAUACCGAGCUCGCAACCAAGUACAACAGCCUGAAUAUCGAACUCGCUAAUCUACAGAUCAAAUACAACACCCAAAACUCAGAUCUCAAAAAUCUACAGAGUGGCAAAGGAGCUGUUUUUACAAGGUGGGGAAGACGAGACUGUCCUGCCAAUAUAACAACAAAGGUUUACUCUGGUUAUGCUGGUGGGUCGAUGUUUACCUCUACUGGAGCCGCAGCGGAAUACGUAUGUAUGCCAAACGACCCUAUCUGGGGACCUCACAAGGAUCUGGUGUACAACGAUGAUGUUGGCUUUCUCUACGGGGCAGAGUACAAGGGGCCAAGUGUCCUGUUUGGUAUGCCGAAUUGGGCAGAGGAUGUACCGUGCGCCGUCUGUCUUGGUACACAACACACCGCCUCUCUCAUGAUUCCGGGUAGGACACAAUGCUAUCCAGGAUGGACGGAAGUAUAUCAGGGCGACCUAGCGUCUGGUUACCAUGGUCACCAGGCAGCCUCACAGUACGUCUGUGUUGAUGGGAACGCUCAGGCAGUUCCCGGGGGUGGUACCCAUAAUGAAGACGGUAAACUGUUCUAUGGUGUCAAAACUAAGUGUGGAUCACUGCCCUGUCCACCCUAUGAAAACGGAAAAUUUCUCUCUUGUGUUGUCUGUAUGAAGUGAACAUACUCUGUUUACUUCUCAGGAAAGUACGAAUAAAAUUUGAUUGACACACACAAAAAAUAUAUAUCUUGCUU